AUUUCCAAACACAUUACUAUGGUGUGAUGGAUUAGUACCAUACAGUUUCCCCUCAUCCCCAACAUUUACUGAGGCUGUUUUUGCCACAGCAGCAGAGAGAAGUGGUAGCAAAUGGGCAUGGCUACCACAUCCAUAUAUCUAUCCCCACCAACUUUUUCCCAUUUUCUCAAGCCAAGCUAUUGUCAAUUUCUAAGAACCCAGAAACCAUGUUUGCCUUUUGCUUCACCAACCAAAAAGAGCAUAAUUUUCCACAACCCACAUGAUAAUUUCACCCAAAGAAGCACCCCGAUUUGGCAAAUCUAUGCAACCUCUGGUGAAGCUGUGCCUGCAGAAGCCAUCCCACUUGAGACUUCCCAGCAGAUAGUGUCCACUGGUGAUGAGGAUGGUGUUUCUAUCACCAUCUCUGUUCUUCUUUUCAUUGCUUUUGUUGGUCUAUCUGUUCUCACCAUAGGGGUUAUCUACCUAGGUGUGACAGAUUUUCUGCAGAAGAGGGAGAGAGAGAAGCUUGAGAAAGAUGAGGCAACUAACAAGAAGAAGAGUGGAAAGAAGAGGAGGGUGAGAGCAAGGGCUGGGCCUAAAGGAUUUGGGCAAAAGAUUACUAUUGAUGAUGAUGAUGAUGACUGAAAUGCAAUUGCUCUUUUGAUUAGUUUUUUUGGGUAACUCUUAUAAAAUGUAAUUUAUGAAGUUUUCAGUGGUUUGUUGGUGACUGUCUUCCAUUUGGAAAUAGCAUGAGUGAUGAUCAAAGAGGCACAUUCCCUUGAACUUGAUGCAUGUAGAUUUUACAUUUAUUGGCAGCAGACCUUGAAUGGUUUCAUUUUUUAUCAACCUUUAAUUAGAUGCUGUAAA